AUCCAGGAUCAGGCUCGAGAAUUGACCCACCUAAGGCAAAAGAUGAGGAUGGGGAGAGCUUUCUCUUCCCUUCUCAUCCAGCAUGUCAGGAAUACAGUGAAAACUUUUGAGGAGCUCCUUAGCAGCAAUAAAGUUGACCCCUACAUGGAACAGCACUUCCGUGAGCAGCUGACCAAGGGGAGCCUGCUGGCAGAGAGCCUUGCCAGCAAAUUCAGCACAGAUGACUCUACAAGCGGAAAGAAUCAAGCAAGACAGAUGCUGCGAACUCUCAGUAUCUUAAGGGAGAAGCAUAUGAAGGGUAAAGUGACAGAAGUCCUAAGGACCAUGCAGGAGGCCCAGCCCCAGACUCUGCCCCAGAUACACUCCAGCAACCGUGGCCAGUCUGCUGCCCAUCCAUCCUCCAGAAGCACCUCCCUGCUUCAUGAAGAGCCAGAAGCAUGCCCUUCAGUGGAUGUGACCGAUGUCAGCCGGGCCACUCCUGCUGAUUCAGCUUCGUUGCUCAGCAACCAUCCAGAUGCCAGAUCCGCCCAGCCCUCCUCCCCUCCAAGCGGCGCCACACAACUGAGCAAGAUGCCAGACCCAGCGCACCGGGGGAGCAGUGGCCCACAGGACGAGAUGCGGCCUCAGAAAAUGAAUGCGUCUGGGCACCUAUCCUCUUUCUCCUCUUUGUACCGGCCCAACUCUAAGCCCUCCGGGGCUGACCUACUGGAAAAGAAUCUUGUGGAGAUCCAGAACCUGCGCCAGCGCCUGGAGGAGUCCAUCUGCUUCAAUGACCGCCUGCAGGAGAGACUGGAACACGUGCUCAGCAGUGCUGACCAAGGAAAAAGCACGACACAGUCUGCUCCAGGUGUCCCCCUGGCAACCCCUCAUUCUUACGCUCAGAGUCACUCUUCCGGCUCUGCCUAGGAUGCCUUGUGACAUGAUGUCUGGAUGGUCUAGAAGAAUGUUCUCCAGAACUUUUCCAGCCCUAUUCAAUAGCAUUCUUGGCUGUGAACUUGGAGGCAUCGACAUCGACCUUUAAA